CCGGCAAGUAAGCAGGAGCAGGCUCGCGCGCCGCACCGGCAGGCAGCGAGUAAGGAAGACAGAGAGAAACGAGGCGAGUCGGCGCGUCCGCGGGAGAGAGACAACGAGUCCGCGGCGCCUGCGUGCUUGAUUCUUGAGAGCGAGCCCUCAUCCGAAAUCCAGGAUCCCAGUCGCGAGCGCGCCGCCGGUACAAGCCAUUCGCCAGGACGACGGGAGAGCACACGACGGUCGCCGACCUGGCCAGUCGGCGGCAACGGGCGCACUCCACCCACACGUCCCGUGUGCGUUCUGUCACCGCGCCGCGACACGUUACUCCAACAAGUCAGGAACAUCCACGAGGUCCGACACCGGCCGGUGUUUUCGAUCGCUCGAUCUCCGCGUUUUCGCCUGGAUCCGCGAUACAGAACACGUUGCGCUGCAUUCUCGAUCCUCGCCCUGGAUCCGACGACACUUCCGCGAAUCAUUGAUUCAUCGAGAGAUCGAUCCGCGAGUUUCUCUAUUCGUUUUAUAUACGGAAAUAUAGAUCGACGACCGAAGAAGAGGGAUCCAAGUGAUCGAGGAAGAGAGUUUGGGAUUGUUUUGGGAUAUCGCGAUUAUAGACGUCGGAGAGAAAUCGAGUUGGUGGGUUUUGAUAACUUUUGCGAUCGAGACGAUGCGGAUGAAACGUGGAGCGUUUUUGGAGCGAAAUCGUGCGGCGCGAGGAGGAAAAGUUGAUGGGUGAUAUGCGGGUCCUCCGCGGAUUUCGAAUUCUUGCGAAAGAAGAUUCCAAGAUUUGACAAUUCGGGAUUUAACGGAUUGAAGAACAAGUAGAUCCGAAUCGGUGGAACGAGGGACAGAAGUCGAGAGGGAAGACAAGUCGGGCAGUGGCCGGAUGUCAAUGAACUCGCGUACUCGUGAGGGAAGUACAUCGGGAAGAUCGAGUGUAUAAUGUAACGAUCGAAGAGGAACGAAUGAUCGAGAUUGUUCGGAAGAUCGAAAUAAUGGACAGGUUUUUGUGAAGUAAUAUAAGAGCCAGUUUUUCGGUGUUCGGUGUUUGCAAAUUGCUAGGUGUAAAGCGAAAAUACACGGUUUAAUGACCGACAAGCGGGUCUUUAUGCGACGUAAAGUGUUUCAGUCAAGAUAGAAAUAAAAUCGACAAGAUAUAUUACGCGAGAGAUAAUCGCGCGAUUUUUAUGCCAUGUUGAUAAAUGAAGCAUGAAGGACCGAUAUUGCCCUGUCAUCUGAAGGAGAAUUAUAAUACUUGGGCGAUUGAAAAAGUUGAGGAGAAUUAUAACUUCACAUAUACAACACUCGAGAAUUAUACAGUAGCAGCGGUUUUGGAUGCAUAGGAGCGGAAGCAUUUCGUUUCAUUAUUCGUCCUGGUCGUCACAUCCACUCGGACGACAUCUACGCUAAUAAGGACAUCCCAUUGGCCACCGCAACGUAAAUUAAUUUGUAGCGACGAACACAUACUGUCACGAUCUCAGCCCCGAUGCGCAGCACUAGCCGUUGACGAGUUCUACGUGUGUGAAAUUAUGAACGUGAUGUCAUGUAGCAUGAUUUUUCUCGGACCGACCUGUUGAUGAAGUAUGGGGUGGUUCUUCCUUGCCAGUAUUUUGCUGCUCUCCUUAUGCGGAUGCUGCGAACCCGUCAAUCACAUAUUUCGCAAGCCUGACGCGGCGGGAGCGCCGAUGCCACAGGGUGGUGCUGGAGGUACAGGGACCCAUGGUCAGCCUCAGGCCGGCUCGUCGCUGAGCACUCCGGGCCCCGGCGGCGGUGGAUCUACCGGUGGUGCUACCGGAAGCGGCGGCGGCGGCGGUGGCGGUGCUACCGGCUUCUCCACCGGCGCUGCCGGGGCCGCUUCUUUCGGUCUUGGCGUUACCGGUGGAUCUAUCGGCGGAGCGACCGGAGGUGGCGCCGGCGGCGGUGCCGCUGCAUCCGGGACCUGGUCCAAGGGACAGGGGUCCAAGGGCCCGGCACGUCGGGGUCGUGGGUGGCGCGAUUGGCGUCGCGGCGAUCCUACCCUCAUCAAGGGCCUGUGGAAGUCGAAGGGUCCUCUAGAUUCGCUAGGACAAGCGGAGAUCUACAUCAUCGUGGCUCUUCUAAUCGGCUUUAUCACCGUGGUGAUCGGAUGCUGGCUGUCCGACAAUUGCUGGUCGCCGGAGCCUGAAGGGGUGGUCACCCUCGCAUAGCCUAGUGCCGACUUCCGUGCCUCCAGGCGAUAACAACUACCACGACGCCCCUCCUACAGGAUUCUUCAGGACCUCGCCCGCUAUUCGGAUCAUCGACGCGGUAACGCACCCAUCGGCAAUCAUCGCCCGUUGCUCGACAUCAAUGACAAUGACACGCUGUUGCGCGUAUGAGCGUACUUAUUGUUAGUCAUGUACUGAGAAAGAGGAAGAAUCGAUGGCUCCUCGCAAAUUCCUGUCUCGCGAUGGAGACGAGUUUUCGAGCAGGGUCGGUUCUUCAAUGUAAAGGAAUUGAAGGCUAAACGAGAUUAGAAGAAAGAGAUUCUGAAAUUCUUCGCUCUAUACACUGUGUAAUCGAUUUUUCUUUAAAUUCACACCAAAUAUUGGCGAUAUAUUGAAUCAAUCAUAUUGGAAAAUUCAUGUCGCAGCAUUUUAUAUACACGGCGGAUGAGAGGAUACGAGGCUCGUUAUCGAUCGAAGUGAUUAUGAUCUCUAGAAGACUGACUCUCUGCAGUUGUAAGUCAGUUCUCCUUUCGCGUCGUAAUAGCCGAGGGAAGAGAUUUUCUUAAACUUGAUUAACAUAUAAUUAGAUAUGUGCUCGGAGCGUGUCUGGAUUCGAUCGCGAACGGAUUCCAUUAAGGAUAUUGAAUGUUCUAUGUCUUCUCAUCCACUUAACCGUUAAUUUAAUUAAUGCCUAAUUGUAAGCAUUGACGGCGCGUCCAGCGCAUUGUUACGGAGUUGCGAAGUACAUGUGAUAUGGAUAUCAAUAUUAUUGUCUCACUUAUUAUGCAAUUAUAUGUCAGGAUCUAAGACUUCCGGUAAUAAUUGAUAAUCUUUCAAGCGCAAGUUACGCAAAAAAUCAAGACAAAUCUAUAUCUAUAUUGGAUUAUGAUGAACACCCUGAAGGAGAUAUCUUUGAAAUAAAGUAUCUUGAAUACA